AUGGAGGCCAUUCGAGAGGCUCAGAAAUUUAUUGAAGAUAAUCUCAUACAACAGAAUGAAAGACAACGGACCUACCUUGUUGGCGCACGGAGAACGACGGGACCCCAGGCUGAACGGGAGCCGGCAGGAACAUCCCAGGAGCUGAGACAGACGCACGUCACUUUGCAACCGCAGGUGGGUCGGAACCGGCCUGUAUCACCAGGCCCGCUGAACAUGACCCAAGACCCGCUAGAGGGCCCCUCUACGCUGCUUGAUGACAGGCAACCGGAGUGGAUGAGUCGACCCAGAACUGCAGAAUCACAACCACAACGCAAACGGACCCGAACCGGAUUGGCACGGAGCCCGGGACCGGCCCUCUCUUGGACUGCGGUGCCCACAGCCCCGGUCCAAAUGGACUUUUCUAAGGUAAAGGAAACAUCGGGGGCUGCAACCUUUACCUUUUCGGGGUUGGGAGAGGUGGGACGGACUCAGCUGGCUCUCAGCCCGAUCCACCCCUCCACGAGAAAAAAGACUUUUUCCACUAACCUGGGACCCAUAGGCAGACGGAGCACUAGCUUCAACCAACCAACAGCGGCAGCGGACCUGAUGGCGGCGACCAGGAUGAACACCUCGGCUCCAGCGCUCCAGACAACAGCAGCAGGAGUGACAGCGGCAGCAGCAUCGGAGCAUGACAGCUCACAGGAAUCUGGUAGCGCAACAAAUACAGUAACAUCACAUAUUCGUACGAAGAGGAAGGCAGAGGACUGGUCCCUCUGCGUGCGUAAAAGCCACCUCAUCCUUGGUGACUCCAAUUUGGCCCGGAUCCCACCUUUCCGGGCCAUGGAUUUACAGGUGGAAUCCUUUCCUGGGGCCACAUUUGCACAUCUCAUCUCACUCAUGGAAAACACCAGAGUCGAGACGAAUGUGAAGAUAAUCAUCCUUUCUUUCGGAAUUAAUUAUAGAAAUCGGAAAUACAUCUCUCCAAUAAAGAAACAAAUAGAGGAGGCAGUAGUUUCAACCUUUCUUGGAACAAAAAAAGAAACCGACAUGUCCUACACCGACUUCCAGGAACUCUCCAAAUCCUUUUUUCAACUUCUCAAACUGAAUAACCAUGCCUCCAAAUUGGAGACAUUUUCCCGUAAAGUCUUCGUCAACUAUUCAUCCUGUGAAGAAGGAGGUGUUGUCAUCCCCGGCCUCGUCGUGGUUAGGAAGGAGGUGUUGUCGUCCCCGGCCUCGUCGUGGAACUCGGUGCUCAUGGCUGGCCUUCUCUCUGAGUCUCUGGGGACCCGGAGGGCUGCCCACAGUCCAAACACGGCGGAAGGAGGUGUUGUCGUCCCCGGCCUCGUCGUGGUUAGGGUUACGGUUACGAAGGAGGUGUUGUCGUCCCCGGCCUCGUCGUGGAACUCGGUGCUCAUGGCUGGCCUUCUCUCUGAGUGUCUGGGGACCCGGAGGGCUGCCCACAGUCCAAACACGGCGGGUCAACGCCCGCCCAGCGCCCUUUGA